GUCGCCCAGCAUGCCAUCGAAGACCUGCUUCGUCACUAUAGGUGCAACAGCAUCGUUCGGUGGCCUAGUGCGAGGGGUGUUACAGCACGACUUCCUCGAAGCGCUGGAGAAACAAGGCUACACAGACCUGUUAGUGCAAUACGGCAAAGACGGUCAAGAGCUCUUCGACUCAUGCAUCACCGCCGCGAAGAACAGUGAGAGUGGAAGUUUUCUGCGAAUUGCGGGUUUCACAAUCGACAAGGCUGGAUUGGCGAAGUAUAUGAAGCAAGCCAAAGGUGGGAAUGGAAAUCAAGAGGGGGUUGUGAUCAGUCAUGCCGGCUCUGGCACGAUUCUCGAUGCACUUCGGAUACAAGUUCCGCUGAUCGUGGUGCCCAAUGAAGAGCUUUUGGACAACCAUCAGGUUGAGCUGGCUGAGGCCCUCGCAGAACAGGAGUACGUGGUACAUGGGAGUCUAGGCGGGUUGGCACCGGCACUCAAUGAGGCCGAGCAACUGAGAGUACGAACGAGAUCUUGGCCUCCACCAAACGCAGGCUAUAUGAGGCAGCCUAAGACACUAAAAAGCAUCAUCGACGACGAGAUGGGCUAUCUGGAAUGAGCUUAGUUCUGGCGGUAUCGAAUCAAUCGCCGUACGAUAGGCCGGACACAGCGAUCCGCCGCUCGUUUUGCAUGCGAUCACCCACUCACUCUUGCUGGACUGCAACGAGAGUGUCCUUUCUUGGCAGAGAUCUGGCUGCACCGUCCAUCCCGGGGGAUACUGGUCAUUCAGCGUUGGCAACCUGUUGCGCAUCGGGAGUAUAGUGAUGAAUUUAUGAUAAGUCGUGGACGAGAACCCUGAUUACGCGGAUUUCACUGCCCUGGAAUAUGGCAGAAUCUCAAGGCUCCGUUGCAUGAAAGCCUCAAUUUUGCCACCGCAAACCAAGGGCAUUGAAACUGUGAGACUGAGCCACGUCGUGCAGGGCCUUGAAUAGGCUAUCUUGGCUAUCAUAAUUUGCUCGUCGGAUAUAUCCAAAAGAGGCAGGUCAUUUCAAUUUUCUACCCAUGAUUGUUAUGGAACUCUAUAAUGGAUGUGCUUGAAAGCAGAAGAUCGCGAAGAAUGGAGGUGUACGACAAGGGCAACUCUUGUAAGAACAGCGUAAUUUGGCGCCGUUGUCCAAUUUUGCAGAGAGCUUUGAUUUCCAGAGCCUGGGUCUCAUCAGAUCAACAUAACAGACCCCUUCAGAACACCUAUCUUGCCAAUGCAGAGACACGCCACAACGCUCCUAGUCCGUUCCCAUUCGGUCUCUGCCCCUACCCAGGUGGCGACUUUGAGGGAAGUGGCACCACCUUAGGGACCACAUGCGCAAAGAUGGCACAUUGGAUGUCCCAUGUUGAGAUGACAGAAGGGCACGCUAAUAUCAAUUUGUACCGGGAGGAUGUAUGUUGCUGUAUAACUGCUUAUAAUUU